UACUUGUCCCAGUUCACUUUUGCCUCAUUUUGGCCCAGUACCACCAUACACUGUACACUCACAGCCGCAUUCGUGUCACGACGACCACCUUCUCCUGCAGCACUGGAAACGGGUUGUGUUGGUGGUUGUGCUGCAGGUACAGUACAUGAGUUGUGGGUAAUACUAUCAGGCUACACGGCCGUCGACGUGAUCCUGGUCGAGCCCUGCGUGCAGACAGGCAACACCGCAGGAGCUUCAGUCGCAGUACUACCUUCUGUCAAAAAAAAACUACCUCUAGAUAACUGCCUCCCUUGGUCGCCCACUAUGGGCACUCGUCCACCGCUCAACGCCCACGAGACUCUCGAUGCUACGGAGCUGACCGGAACGCUGAGCCUAGACGGCGUCGCGGCCCUAAGGCAGAAUGGAGGCUCGCGGAAGGCUCAGCACGCCAGUAAGGAUGCCAUCAUCGAGGAAUACGGGCUUGUCGUCGAACCGUCUGACACCGCGCCAUCUGAUCACCCCGACUCCGACCCCGACGACGGCGACGAAGACUCCGACCUCAUCGAAAGCUACGAUGACCUCCAGGUCGACCCCGACACACUCAUCGUCGAAACUCGAUCAAGCCUCGAUAUUGGCUUGCGCCCGUCCAACGGAACCAUGAACACCUCAUCCGCUUACGCCAAGCGACCCAACAUGGACGCGAGGAGACGCAGUAGCAUUCAGAUCAAACUGGAGAGGACAGACAAGAGGGGGCGAUACAUCCUUACCGCAGACGAUCCCGCUAUCAAGGACAUCUUGCGCAAAGGCAUGGAGCGGGAAGAGGAGGAGAAGGGAGGGAAGAAGAGGAUGCGCUUCCGAGACUUGGUCUUCACACGACAGUUCACCACCUUCGAUCGGCAAAACCCACUCGCUGCCGAAAGUCCCUUCUUCGGCUUCUUCACCCUCUUCUGGAUCUGCAUGGCCCUGAUCUUUUUUCAAGUCGCCAUGAAGAACUGGAGAGAAUACGGCAGUAUACUAGGAGGCAACCAGGUCUUGAAGUUGAUGAUGUCUCGGGAUCUCAUUCUCCUCGGCGUCACCGACCUGGUCAUGUGCCUGGCAACGCUGGAAGGAUAUGUCUUCCAGAAAUUGGUGCAGUACUGCUGGAUCAACUGGGCACGAACAGGCUGGAUUAUACAAAAUGUAUGGCAAUGUCUGUACCUCGGAGCUGUUGUUGCCGUUGCAUACUAUCGCGACUGGCCCUGGACCCACACCAUCUUUGUAGUCCUCCACGGUCUGGUCUUCGUGAUGAAACAGCACAGCUAUGGCUUCUACAACGGAUAUUUGUCCAAUGUGUGCCGCCGAAAGGUGCUGCUAGAAGCAAAACUGGAAGAGCUGGAGAGACUAGAGCCACUGCAAUCACCACCUACAAGCCCAAUUUCCGAGAGCGCGGACUUGCUAUCCUCUGGAGUGGACCUUGGUCAGAUGGCAGCCAACGUCAAACGCCGUCUGUCAAUGGGACCUAAAACGUCUCUCAACCUUCAGACGGAACAAUCCGAUGUUGCCACUGUAGCCUCAGCCAUCUCUUCCGGCAAAAGACUGACCUCGGAACAGAUGGAACUCAUGGUCAACAUUAUCAAAAACGAAAUAUCGGAACUCGACAAAGAGCUCCGAGGCAAAGCGGAGAGCCCCGAAAAGGCCUAUCCACAUAACCUCACUCUCUACAACGCAAGCGAAUGGAUAUGCCUUCCCACUCUCGUGUAUGAACUCGGCUAUCCCCGUCAAGAAAAGAUCAACUGGUGGUACGUUCUCGAAAAGACCACGGCCACCUUUGGUAUCCUCUGUAUCAUGCAAGUCAUUUCUCAGGGUUACAUCUAUCCUCUCGUCCGCAAGACCGUGGACAUGAAAGAAGCAGGAAUGACUCUCGACCAACGGUGGAAAGAAUUCCCCUUCAUCGUGUCGGACAUGCUAUUCCCCAUGCUUGUCGAACAGCUGCUCACCUGGUAUCUCAUCUGGGAAUGUAUCCUCAAUGUCCUCGCCGAAGUCACAUGCUUCGCCGACCGCGGCUUCUACGGCGAUUGGUGGAACUCCGUGACAUGGGAUCAAUACGCUCGAGACUGGAAUCGACCUGUCCACAAUUUCUUACUUCGACACGUCUACCAGUCGAGUAUUAGUGCAUUCCGACUGAGCAGGACCGAAGCUACAUUUGUGACGUUUCUGUUGAGUGCACUCGUACAUGAAAUGUGUAUGGCUGUCCUAUUCCGGAAAGUUCGAGGGUAUCUGUUUAUGAUGCAAUUGACGCAGAUGCCUCUGGCCAUGAUCAGUAAAACGAAGCUUCUCAAAGAUAAAGUCGUGUUGGGCAACGUGAUUUUCUGGUUUGGGCUGUUCAUUGGGCCGAGUCUGUUGGCGAGCUUGUAUUUGAUUGUGUAGUCAUCGGAAGCGUUUCUUCGGGGAACAUAAGUGACGAUGUACGAUUAGUAUAGGUGUGUGUAUGUACCUAUGUAUGAUGUGAGAGAG